AAAAUAACAGGUACAGCAAAAAUAACUGAACUUGGAUCAUACCAUAAGCAUAUGGGGGUGACCAUACUGACAUGUCAUUUCCAAAGACGGCUACCAUUUAAUGUGUUGAGCUUUUACUGUGUACAUGUUUUAUAAAUGUACUGUAAAUCAAUGUAGUUAUGCGAAUGUCCUAACUGCAGCCUGCUUUUAACUCACGACCCUCGUAUACUGACGAUCCUCCCCGUUACCUUAGAAGUGCAUUCAGGUAGUAGCGAACGGAAGGCUGCGGGGCGAUGUUUGUUUUCACUGGAGGGUUCAGCUGACUGGCGCUAACGUUGUUUGUCUGCAGGCUGUUUCUGGAAGCACCGUCUUUCUUAUUUUGUUUGUUUUCGCUUUGACGUUUGCGGCACAGUUUUUAUUUAGUGGGCCAUGGCUCUGUGCGGUGGCGUCGGAGCCUCGGCCUUGCCAAGCGAGCUUAUAGUCCACAUCUUCUCCUUUCUACCGGCCCGGGACAAACUGCGGGCCUCAGCGGUGUGCUCGCGCUGGAGGGAGUGCCUGUUCUACCCGGCGCUGUGGCCUCAGCUCAAGCUACGCCUCGGCGGCGGUUCGGGUCCGCGUACGGACGAGACCCCCAAACUGGAGUUUCUCAUGCGGAAGUUUGGCUCGUUUGUUCGUGAGCUGCAGCUGGAGUUUGCUCCGGUCGAAGGCUACCUGAGUCCCUUGCAGGGAGUCGACGGUGGAAUGGAUCCAACAGGAGAUGACCAACAGUUGCCCGGCCGUUGGAGGGAUGCUCUGCACACCUAUUUGGAGCAGGUGUUGUGUGUGCUAAGAAGUCUGAGAAAUAACAGAAACCUCCAGAAACUGAGUCUCUAUGGAGAUACGUGCAUUCUGCAUGAGGAGGGAAUUGUUGACAACAUCCCACUAAAUCAAUGUGAACAAGAAGGAAAGAAAAUCAAAGAGAUAAAACAGCUGUUUGAAGAGAUUCUGGCCAACAGCCGGCAGUUAAAAUGGCUGUCUUCAGCAUUUAUGCUGGGAAUGGUAACACCUAAUUCCCUGUCUGCAAUGUCUAAUCUUAGUGCCAACACUCUGGAACACCUUAGCCUGUUGGACAAUCAAAUUCCAUCACUUAUUCCUUGCAUUGAAGUACAUCGCCUCCAUAACCUGCGUUCCCUGGCCUUGGACUUCUGUGAUUUCACCUCCGAGAUGUGUCGAAUCCUCUCCACAAGUGACCAUUUGCCUUUGCAUCGACUUUCCCUCUUGCUAAAUAGCACAGCCCUGCCUAACAAGCCUCUUGAUGUCACACCCAGCGAGAAGGAUUGGCAGGUGCUUGUCCGACACAGCGCUAACUUGCGAGUGUACAUUAUGGCACUUGACGUACGCAGUCAAGAUCUUUUGAGUGUGUUGAAGCCCAGCCUCCCACUGGAGAGAAUCCAUUUUGACAGUUAUUCGACUUGCACUUCAGAAGCAGUUGUGGAUCUCAUAUCGCGGCAGUACCUCAAAACUCUCACCCAUUUCAUUUUAAUGCGAGACUUGAUGGAGAGGGAUGACACUGGCUUUCCUGAUCUGAGUGACAGCCGAAAUGAAGACCCAUUAGUUAUCCUUGCAUGGAGGUGCACACGGCUGUCUGUCCUGGUCAUUCAUGGUUACACUGUUUGGGCUCAUAAUUUGAUUGCCAUCUCACGUCUCCGUGGUUCUAAUCUGAAAGUCUUGGCAGUAUCUGAAGAGAGCAUUGAUUUUGACCAAGAUCAGCACCUGCUAUUUCAAGAAGAAGAUCCCAUCCAUAACCUGAUAGAGGAGGUUUCCUCUGGGCUGGGACGGCCAUGGCACCCUAUGGUGGACACAAGCGUUGUUCUGAGUGAACCAACACAGCACUUUUACAGGGAGAUGCAACGCUUUAGUGAGGGCAUGUAGGCAUGGGAGUGUCAUUAUAAUUCUUUUGUGUAUUUUUUUCCUCCCCUCUUUUAAUUUGUGAGUACAAUGAUCUUACUUCCUGUAGUCUCGGCUAACCUGUUUAAAUGUGCAGUGUUUUAUCAGUAUUAGCUCUGUAGCUAUAUAUCUUGCUUCUCAAUUAGAGAUUAUCAUUGGUUGUUGGUUUAGUAACUUGUGAAUAGAAGUGGGAGAAAGUAUUGUCUUUGCCAGCUUACCAAGUAUCCCCAAGACAAAUGUAUCCAGGCCUUUUUUUCCUCUUUUUCUUUUAUUAGAAGCUUUAUGAUAAUGGAGCUCAUCAUCUCUUCUUUCUCUGCUGAUUAAGCAAAAAUGUAGGAGACCUUUGACUGCAAAAUUUUUAUUGUUUUAAUAAUUUGCAAGAUGGCUGGGUCUGGCAUUUGUUCUUUGGCUCUCUUUUAAUCAUGUUACCAAAGGCACAACAAUCUAUAAAUUGAUCAGCUUCUCCCUAUCAUUCUGUGACAGCCUUUGUUUAGAAUUUUAAAACUGGCAGGCUACGUUAGUACCUUGUCUAGAGCUAGGUCGAGGGAUCAUGCUUUUGUUUUGCUUUUUUUUUCUUUGUCUUUCUCCCUCUUUCUCUUCUUCCCUGAAGUCAUAAGAAGUAAUGUUGAGUAUUGAGAGAUUAAGGAAGUACAUUGUUAGUCUUUUUUUCCUAAAAUGAUGUUGCCAUGGACUUCAGUUUUUGAGAUUUUUAGACACACUAGAAUCUUGAAAAACAAUUAUCCAUCCAGGAUUUUUUAAAGUGCUAAGCAUUGUCAAGGUGAAAUGGGAAAAGCAGUCAAGCAUGUUGUAUUGCGGAACAGCCUGCACUUACGUACUUUAAUCUCUAAGAUGCCUAGUCCUACACCAGUGCAUCAGGUCUGGUAUCCCUGACUUCUGCAUGGUUUGGAAUUUUGCUUUUAAAUGAAAAUUCCCUGUCAUUUUAAGACAAUACUGUAGUCUGAUGGUCCUUGAAGGCGUCAGUGGCUUCUCUUCCUGCAGCUGGUGUAUUUUGGUUGAAUAAACACGUGGCCCAAUUGAUGCUUGAGUAAGACAUUGGUGACGACAUGCUAGGUCUGAAAAGAAAUGUUCAGCAGCUGAAAAUUGUCUGCUUUUGGUAACUCUAGUCAUUCCUCAGAUUUAAAACUGCACUAAAAUGCUCACUUGGUAAUAAUAGUUAUAUUCAAUUACUUUGCAAGGAUCAGAUGCCAGUUUCAGUGCUCCAGAGCAAAGUUUCACAAAACAGCUACAUAUUUAUGUGCUCGUGCAUAUGUAUUUCUCUAGUCUUUUAAUUCAUCUAGCCUGAGUGUGGAAACAGUACAUGUAUGCUUCAUUGCAGUUUGUAAACACAAAUUAAUUGAUCAUGCUGUGCUUGAUCGUAGAAAGUCUGCACUUGUGACAGGUAAUAAUGACUUCUCUGUUUCUAUUUAAUAUUGCAUUUGAAAAAUUUUUUUUUUUUUUUUGUGAGAAUAGAAAAUAUAUGGUAGCUUGUUUUUUUUUAUGUUGGAAUAUGCAUACACUUAGGUUAGAGGUUUGCCUUAUGGGCAACGCAGAUUUAAUACCAGAAGGCACCACUUCCUUACCAGUGAAAGAUGGGAAACAGCUACUCUCAGGAUUAUUUUUACAUUAAGUGAUAGGAAUGAUUUAGCUACUCAGGCCUCUGAAUGAAAGCUAAUCAUGAAAUACCCUUCUGAAUAAGUCACUGGAUUUUACUUCUGUCAGCACCUGUGUCUGCUGCCAAAGAUAAGAGAAACAAAACUAAGAACAGAAGAGAAAAAAAACCUUUUGAAGUGCCCACAUGCUGGCAGGGGCAGACCAAUGGCUGGUCGGCCAAGGUAUAGAACUACUAGAUUUACAUACUUAAAAGUCGAAGUUCGACCUGUGUGGUACACAGCUGUGCUGUGGCUCGGUCAACAACAUAAAAACUCUUAACAAUGCACCUGUUUCACUGUGAAGAGUGAAUGUAAUUACUGAAAAAGUUGAUUCUAUCAAAACUGUAAGCUGCUAUGAAAUGUUAAGGAACAUUCCACUGGGGAGUUGAAAGGCCAAAUGUCUCCAUUUACAAAAAAAAAAAAAAAAAAUAUUUUUUUGUGCAUAUUCAUAGGGGUCCAAAACAACCCAUUUAUUUUUGAAAGGGGUGGGCUGAUUUUUAUUUUUUUGAGGGUGGGGUAAGAUUUACUUCUCACUGUUAAGAUUCACAGCUUUAGUGUAAAGUGACAGAUUGCCUUCAAAAGCAGGCAGCCCAUACAUUCUCCGCAUAUGGGUCAUUUGUUUAGUGCAGAAAACUUUGUAAGACAAUAUAUGCAUUCUUAAUCAACAAGUUUUUAAAGAAAACGGCUUUGCACGUUUUUAACAACAAAUCGGAAGACGUUUGCAACCAUGUAUUCUAAUCAGAAUAUUUCCAGUUUCACCUUGUGUCAGGGUGUGACACGCAAGCCUUAAAAAUAGUGUUAAUGUGAAAGAGGGAACCCUAAAGAUGCUUCCUUUUCUCAGCAUAUUGGAAUGAUCUCUGUGUUCACGGUCCUUCUAUGGCUUAGACAGUCAUGCAUUAGGUAUAAAAGAAGAACAAAAUGUUAAACUAUGCAAGAAGAAUGCAUACAAAAAGUAUCUCUUACAAA